UAAUUGAAAUUAUCGGGAUAUGGCAAUAAAUUCCUUAGAAAUAUGUAACAAGAUUAAACCCAAAUAUUCCGAUUCUAUAAAUAGUUUCAAUAGUAGUAAUUCGGUUUCAAAUAUCACCAAAAUUACGGUUACCACAGAAGACAAUAUUAGCGCUUCUAGUAAAUGUAAAAAAUCGAAGAAUCAAUAUUCCAAAUCACCUUAUCUCAAAGGCGACAAAGUGCAACUGCUAUCUAGAGUAACGGAAAAGAGGCUUAUUCACAAACUAGAGCCAAAUUACGUUUCUUCUUUUCCAUUAGCUGCUACUAUUUACAGAGUGAAUUCUGAUGAAAUCAGACCACUAAAACGAAGCAAUAAAAAAAAUAAGAAGUCUGUGCUAACCCUUCCAAAUGAACAGUCUCGUUUACCCGAAACGUGUACUGUGAGUGAAAUGAAUGACUCAGAAUAUUGUAACAGAGAUGACAAAAAUAAAAAAACAAUAAAGAAAAAGCGUACACCUCUACUAAAUAAAAGAAAAUCUCGAAAAAAUAAUUUUGAAUUCUAUGAUAGAGAUGCUCGAUAUUGCUCACAGAUGAAUAUUGAUUUAGAUUGCAGUUCUAGUGAUAUACUUAAUCAAUUUAACGGUGAUGGAAGAAAACUUUCUAAGAAAUCAAGUGUUGCGUUCAAACCUUUAAUUAAGAAUGAAUGUAAUGCCCAUGAUGUGUGGACAGUACUUAGAAAUAUAAAUAGGUUUCAGUUUAGACCCUCGCCGCCCAUGUCAAAUGACAGCAACCGCUCACCAAAAAAGAAAAAAUAUAUAAAUAGAAGACGCAAUAAUCGCAAAGAUGCACGAGUUAUUGAAACUUGCCGCACAGAAGAAAUUGCAUAUAUAUCUAGCUACGAUAUUGAUAGCAAAUCUGCAACGAAUUUUUCACCACUGUCCAGUUGUGAUCGUGUUACGGUAAUAGAUAAACAAGGCGAAUUUAGUAAAAUCGGCAAAGAAUUUGAAAACAAAAUUGAUAAAUUACAGAACACAGUAACACCUACAAAUAAUAUGAAAAAUCGUAAUCUAUUAAGAAAUAACAUUUUUGGUACAAAAAGUAUGAAGGGUAAGGAAAAAGAAAAUAAAAUUAGUAAUCAACUGGUACCUAUAGGUAUAUAUAAUGGUGUCGAAACACAUAUAGACAAUUUAAAACUAAAUGUCAGCCAAGACCACAAAGUAGCACUUGGUACCGAAAUUAAUAUGGCUACAGAUAAUUCGAUGUCAUAUAAUUCUGAUCAAUUAUCUUUGUAUGUAAGUGCAAAUAAUACCAAUAAUUUAAAUAACACGAAAAAAAAUAAACAGAAAACUCAUAAAUCUGUUGAACUUGUGGACAGUUUUAUGUAUUCUGAACAUACGGGCUCGAGCAAAGCAGGCCUUCAUAGCACUGUCGAUUAUAGAAGAGAUAAAAAUAAGUUAGACAAAGUAUCAUCUGAUGAAUCAAGCCACGACACAAAAGCGAUAACCAGAGUUGUUCCGAACAAAAAUUCAAAUAUAGUUGUUUCUAGAAAUAGAAAACCUCGUUUAGUAACAACAAUGCCUACUACAUCAAUAGUGCCUAAAUUAACACAAACGGAUAUUAAGAGAAGAUUAAUGAAUUUAAAGUAUCCUAUAACAAUACUUGGAAAAGAUCAGUUAAGCUCUUCGCCCAUAAAUCUUGAGAAUUAUGAACAGUUUCAGGGUUUGGACCACCAUAUAUGGCCAUUUAUGGUAGACUGGUAUGAUCAAAACACCGUAAAUGUUAGAAGUGACAACAAAUUGAAACACAGCUUGAAUAAAGUAGAAUCUGUGAUACAAAGAAACAACCAAAUAUUGAGAUCUGGGGGAAGCGUAAUUCUUACAAGACAAACUGAUCGGGAAGUGUUCUUAAACAAUGCUAAUAAUAUUAACGGCAAAAUGAUUUACAAUUUGGACGAUUCGUUACGCAAAAAGAAAAUAGAUUACCAACCAAAUGCAACAAUUGAAACGACCAAUAAUACUAAACUUUCACAGAUUAAAAAUAUUAAAACAAUGCGACAAUUGAAAGAUAAAAUGUUGAAACAUCUUUAUAAAAAAUCUUCAACACAAAGCAUGACAAAUAACAAUUAUCAACAAAUAGGUGGGCAAGGUGAUGAAAAAUCUCAUAAUAAUACAAAUGUUUCCACAAAAGUAACCAUUAGAAAAAAAGUUGAUGCUAGUACGGAAACUAUUUUGAAAUAUAAUGAAAUAUUUCCAAUAACACCCUCAAUUAGUUCACAACUAUUAACGAAUUUAAAAAGACCAUUAAAUACGAAUUACCCAUGGGCAAAGGGUAAGAGGACUAGUGAUUUAAUAGAAAAUGUCAUUAAAAAUAUAAAGAAUGGCAUUUAUUAUAAUCAAGAAAAUAUAGAAACGGUUAAAAGUAGCUGUGUAGAAUUCAAGGAAGCUUCGGUACAGACAACAAUGGUUGCAUUAAGAAUAGGUUCCACUAAUACAAUAAAUAAGGAAGAGAAAACUAUCAAAUCAUUAGAAACCGCAGUAUUAAAUUCUGAAACAGACAAUUUCCAACAUAUACAUGGAUUUGAUACUGCGUUACCAUCACUAGAAAUAAAAACACUAAAUACCAAAGAAAUUGCAGUAAAACAUUGCAUAACAAACGUGAUGAUACAAUUUGACGUAACUAUACCAAUAGAACAGGAUACAGUCUGUUUGGAUGUACGAAAAUCAUUCUCAUUUAUACCAUUAAAAGUUACAGAUAGACAUACAAGAGUAUAUAAAAGUAAAACAACAAUAUUAAAUGCUAUGUUGCCUGCCGAACUGUGUUGUAUUAUACCGAAAAUGAUAAGUAACAUAUCCAAUGUAGAAUCAAAAUUUACUUUUUCAUCUGCUUUAUUAGAUAAGACUGAAUCUCAAUUAUCUACAAUAUCUGAAUUAAUACAUUGCGAAAAUCCUGAUGUAUUUAAAACUUUUAUACCAUCUUCAAUAAACGUGUCAACAAAAUUAGAAAAAAUAUUUACAGGAUAUUUUGCAAAACCGUUUAAAUCAGAAAUAAAAAAAGUAAAUUACACAUUGUCUUACAAUAUAAACUUGGCAACAGAAUUGUUAGAUGUUCUACAGGUUUCUUCGAUGUUCCCCUGCAUGUUAAAACGUCUUACGCCUGAAAAAUAUUCAAAGCAAAAACAGAAACCUAAUAGCAUGCUAAAAACCUAUGUAGAAACUCCGCCUAAAAAAUCAUCGUGCUCUACUUUACAACCGUAUGUAGCAUCAAAGCACAGCUUGAUUCAAAACUCUGCAAUGAAUAAUUUUAUUAAUAUACUAACUAAAAUAUGGAAUUAUAACAAAUUUAAGAAUUACAAUAUAAUAAGUGAGAAUGAUGGUAAAAUGAUAUAUUUACCUUUUGCUAUUAAUAAUUUGAAAAUCGAUGCCUUCUACAAUAGCAUAUUGAAAUACAACAACAAAGCUUUAAAAUUAGGUGCUGCGAGUUAUUACACAACACCUCGAUGUAUAGAAUAUAAACCUCAAGAGAAAAAGGAAUGUUUUUUAAAUAGACUUUUUUAUAAUAAAGGAAAGAAGAAACAUUUCAUAAAACUCUACAGAAAAUGCAAGUCGACAUCUAAUAUAUCAGCUGAAAAAAGUACUACAUCUCUGUGCAAGAUAGCAAAUAUUGAUGAUUUCUUUCAGGCUCUUGGGUCAGGAAAACUUAUAUCUAAUGUUUUUGACGGAAGCGCAGCGAAAAAAAUACUAUCAUGUGUAAUCGAAAUGAAAAACUGGAUAACAGAGAUUAGUCAAAGACAAGCCAUGUUGAUUCUGUUGUUAAUCAACAAGAAGGAUACACCAAUUUUAGUGCGUUUUCGGCCGGUUUUACUACAGGGCAUAGCUGUGAAUAGGAUAACACGCGUGUCUGAACUUGACAUGGAAAUUGAAGUCAUAGAAAGAGAAAAUUUUAAUAAAUUGUCAGACUGUGAAGGGAUUUCAUAUUUAACACCGUCCAUCGAAAAUCAUGAUAAUCUCUUGGAAGAGUUGUACUGGAUUGCAAAAACGACUGCAUCCGACUAUCAAAGACCGUUCGACGAGUCAUCAGAACGUUUAUUGAAGUCUCUUUUAGAAAAACGCAAGAAACUUAAUCCAUCCUAUCUUCGAGUAAUGGCACGUUAUGUCGGACUGGGACUUCUGAAGUCUCCAAAUAAAAAAUAAUUUUUAUCUAUACGUAGAUACUUCCUUCCUUAUUUAAAUUGUUUCGUGGUGUUUUUAAAGUAUUUACAGUGGUUCGA